GGGAGCCUUCGUGGUAGUUUCGCGGAGUGUUUCGUAGCAGUGCGGGCCAGUAUGAAGAAUUUUCGUGAAUAACAGUGUCGUUAAACAAAGGGCGAAAGAUGUGUUGAAAGAAUAAGGCUGUUAUUGGCAUCAGAAAUCAAAGUUUCAAAAUAAAAUUCCAUCAGUAUUCGAAAAGUGAAAUCGACAAUCGACGGAACCACCGACGGAACCUAUCUGACAUUCUUUCCCAUACGAUUGUUGGUGCUUUAAAAAUUCCUCAAAACAUACCACCGUCGUCGAACCGGAACCGUAAAACCGGUGGGGGGAUAGAAAUGUCCAGCAACGAUAGUACACCGCUGAACAGCCCGCGGAAAAUCUUCGGAAAAACUGCGACGCUCGACAACAAUGCGAUGCUCGAGUACGAGAUGAACAAAAAUCUAGAUGGCAAGUUUCGGGAAAAGGCGGAAAAAGAGCUGGGCGAAACGGGCGGGGAGCUGACGUACACAAAAAUCCGUCAGCUCCGUCAGCAGCUCAACAUCUACAACGAGAACCACCAGCGAGACCUCGGGUGCCGGCGGGACGAUUCCUUUCUGUUGCGAUUUUUACGCGCCAAAAAGUUUGACGUCGAGAAAGCGUUCAAAAUGAUGCAAAAGUACUACAAAAUGAAGGAAGAAUACCCGGAGAUUUUCAAAGUGUCCCCACCGACGGAGAUGAAGUUUAUGCUUGAGAUGCAAAUACAGACGAUGCUGCCGAAGAAGGACGAGCACGGUCGGCAAAUCUAUUUGUUUCGCGUCGAGAAAUGUGAUCCGUAUAAAAUUCCGGUGGAUUAUGUCUUCCGAAGUAACGUGCUAGCGCUGGAAGACGCUGUCCGCAGUCCGGAAACACAGAUCGGUGGCUUGGUGGUGCUGCUGGACAUGUCUGGACUUGGGUUUGCUCAUGCUCGCUAUCUCUCUCCUCAUUUGGCCCGGAAAACCGUCGAGGUGGUACAGGAAGCGUUCCCGCUGCGCUUCAAAGCAUUCCACGUGCUGCACGAACCGUUCUACUUCGAUGCCGUCCUUGCCGUGCUCAAACCAUUCCUGAAGGACAAGAUCCGCCGAAGGAUACACUUGCACGGAAACAGUCUCAGCUCGCUGCACAAGUACGUCUCAAAGGACCUGCUACCGGCAGAAUACGGCGGGAAUCUCGGUCCGUUCGACAACACAGAAUGGCGCCAGGCCAUACUGGACAACGAGCAGUACUUUAUCGAUCUUGAAACGUACAAUCAUCGGUCCGAAAGCUGCUACCAGCUAGCGAACGCCGAUGGGGACGCCGAAAGUAUCGACAGUUUGCAGUUUCGAGACACCGAAACGGAGGACAGCGAGUUCGACGAAGACGAUCGGCGGGUGUUGAGCCCGAAGCGGAAUGCCCGCUCGAUACAGAACAUUGAGGAGAUUUUCCUUAAGAACGGCUACGACGGCCUAGAACCGCGCGUCGUAGAAGUCGACCAGGAGAAGGAAGUGGAGGAAUUAAAGUAAAUAGCAUUAAAACAUAGACACUACGGUGGGGGUCUGAGGGACGCAAAAGAAAACAAAAGACAACUUAGUCACACACAAUCGUUUGAGUUAGCUUAAAUAAUAGACAAACAAAGUAUUUAAAAAAGUUAUGCACACGUUAGCGAGUUGCGGCCGACUUUCCCUCUCUCGUUAGUUAUUUCCACGAGGAAUUGAGGGAUUUUUGUCGGUAUGAAACUGUGUUCUUUACUAGCAAAAUUUUAACAAACAACAGUUACACACCAAGAGGAAAAAAGAGUCGAAAACUCAGGCGAAAUCCGGAAGCUGGUAGCUGCACUUUGCUUGGCUCUCUAUCAACGCGAUGGAAGGCAGAAUGGCUUUAAAUGUGAUAGAAGCUGUCAGUGAUGUCCUCCUCAUGAGCGAUAAGUAGCAAAGAAAAACCAAAUAGAACAAAAUCAAAGUAAGUCAAUUUCAAAAGGACAAAAUUUCGUUACAAUAGAGACAGUGGGAGAGAUUAAUAGGAAGUGUUCACAGUUCAUCAAAUACAUAAAGUGCAAAUAUUGUUCAAAAACAGUCAAGCGUACAUGACGGCUAGUUGAAGAAAGGUUAAAGAACUUAACGUUACCAUGGCAAAAGAGCAAUCUCAAUCUAGUUCAAUUCGAAAAGCAAAUCCAAUUCCAGCAAAAUACUCAAACACGGUACACGCACCACACUCUAGUUGGAAGUUAUCGAAACAAAAACCACAUUACAAAACAAAACAAUCGAUUAUAUUUAGCUAGAACAGAUUUGCUAUUCACAUUCAAUUCAGGUAGAAAUAUUUAACGGUCCUAAGAUGAGGGCGAAGAACGAGACAGAUAAAGCGAGAGAGAAAGAAUAGAUCACGUAAAGUAC